AAAGAUAAUUACAUUGUUUUUUCAAAAACCCCUCUUUCCUCAACUGAACCCCGCGUUUUCUUCUCCCUCCUCCCAUCAAUCAUCUCUCACCGGAACCGCCACUUACCGUCGUCAAACACAAAUUCCGGAGAAAACCCAGUUCCAUUUCCACCAUUCUGAACAAACACUUUUAUUUUCGUAACGUUUAACCCGAAAAACACUAUAUAUGGGUAACUGCAACACAUGUGUAAGACCGGACACAAGUCCAGACACAAAAACUCACCGUACAAACCAGAGACGCAAAAAGAAGUCAAAAGAUGGAAAACCCAACCCAUAUUCAGACAAUACAAUCCCUUCACCAGCUCCGAUCCGGGUCUUGAAAGACGUGAUUCCACUUAGCCACAGGACUCGGAUCGGCGAUAAGUAUAUAUUAGGCAGAGAACUUGGUCGUGGAGAAUUUGGUAUAACAUAUUUAUGUACUGAUAGAGAAACUAAAGAUGGAUUAGCAUGUAAGUCGAUUUCAAAGAGAAAACUAAGGACAGCUGUUGAUAUAGAAGAUGUGAGAAGAGAAGUUGCUAUUAUGUCAAAUUUACCUGACCAUCCUAAUAUAGUGAAGUUGAAAGCUACUUAUGAGGAUAAUGAAAAUGUCCAUCUGGUUAUGGAGUUAUGUGAAGGAGGUGAAUUGUUUGAUAGGAUUGUUGCUAGAGGUCAUUAUAGUGAAAGAGCUGCUGCUAAUGUUGCUAGAACUAUUGCUGAAGUUGUCAGGAUGUGUCAUGAGAAUGGCGUUAUGCAUAGAGACUUGAAGCCUGAGAAUUUCCUUUUUGCUAAUAAAAAGGAGAACUCUGUUCUUAAAGCUAUUGAUUUCGGUCUCUCCGUGUUUUUCAAGCCAGGGGAGAGAUUUUCAGAGAUUGUUGGGAGUCCAUAUUACAUGGCGCCGGAAGUGUUGAAGCGGAAUUAUGGACCGGAGGUUGAUGUGUGGAGUGCUGGAGUAAUACUUUAUAUUUUAUUAUGUGGUGUUCCUCCAUUUUGGGCAGAGACUGAGCAGGGUGUUGCUCUGGCAAUUUUGAGGGGACAGAUUGAUUUUAAGAGGGAACCAUGGCCUCAGAUUUCAGAUAGUGCUAAGAGUCUUGUACGGCAGAUGUUGGAGGCAGAUCCCAAAAAGCGCUUGACGGCUCAGCAGGUGCUUGAUCAUUCCUGGUUACAAAAUGCUAAGAAGGCUCCAAAUGUCCCAUUGGGAGACAUUGUGAGGACAAGGUUAAAGCAGUUUUCAUUGAUGAAUAGGUUUAAGAAGAAAGCAUUGCGGGUAAUUGCGGAACAUUUAUUGGUUGAAGAGGUUGAAGUAAUCAAAGACAUGUUUGCAUUGAUGGAUACUGAUAAUGAUGGUAAAGUGACAUAUAAUGAGCUAAGGGCUGGUCUUCGCAAGGUUGGUUCCCAACUGGCUGAACCAGAGAUAAAGAUGCUGAUGGAAGCGGCUGAUGUUGAUGGGAAUGGAGUACUGGACUAUGGAGAAUUUGUGGCUGUAACAAUUCACUUACAGAAGAUGGAGAAUGAUGAGCAUAUCCGCCGGGCGUUUAUGUUUUUUGAUAAAGAUGGUAGUGGGUAUAUAGAAUUGGAGGAGCUACGAGAGGCUUUAGCAGAUGAAUAUGGUGAAACUGACAACGAUGUGCUGCAUGACAUCUUGCGUGAAGUUGACACUGACAAGGAUGGAUGCAUCAGUUAUGAAGAAUUUGUUGUUAUGAUGAAAGCUGGAACUGAUUGGAGAAAGGCAUCUCGGCAGUAUUCCAGAGAGAGAUUCAAGAGUUUGAGCCUUAACCUCAUGAAAGAUGGUUCAUUACAGCUCCAUGAUGGGCUCACCGGUCAAUGUUAUGCAGUCUAAUUUAUUCAUGAUCUCAUUUUGCUUGUGCUCGCUGAAUGUUUGUCUCCUCCUAGCAACUAUAUUCCAUUCAUGCGUCUGGUUUAUGGGUUCCACAAAUUUCAUUAAAGAAGGCACACUGAAUAUUUUUGGGUUGCAGUUGGACAGAUUCGGUUUGGUUUUAGACAGCAUUGGGCAAACAUCAGAGGACUGGCUUAUAGUGGUUAGGUGCAACUCGGCAUUCUGAAGGCAUAAAUUGCAGAUUUAAACUAGUGUCUGGUGGCUUUGUAUAUUUAUCAUUUCAUGGGCAUUAAAUGGUUUUCUUUCAUGUGAUUUUCUGACUUCAUGCAGAAUCCCAUUUGAAUUUGUUUGUUUGUAAUGAAAACUUAGAGACAGUGCUAAAAAGUUUUAGCCACGCACCUAUCCAGAUCCUGGAAUUACUGGUAUUGUAUCCAUUCCAAUUUUUACAUUCUGCAGUGGGAAUUGAUUACAGAAAGUUCUACUCCA